AUGAAGCUCGGGAUUCUAUUAGCAUUAUCGUCCCUUGUGGUGACACAAGCUGCACAUAUCAGCGAGGUGGUGCCAGAACCAACUGGUGCCCCACAACCUCUCGAGAAGAGAUACAAGGAUGUGGUAGUGAAUCCCAAAUACAAGGAGCAACAGGAAGCCAAAACUGCAUCGAAAACCACCAGUGCUAACCAGCCAAAGCCAUGGAUCAGAACGUUGGCAUCUGACAAGAAGGAAAUUGUCACCCCUACCGUGAUUGCCAGUGUGACAUUUGGAGCCAAGCCUCCUAAGACCACCAAUGGGUUGGAGCCAUGGAUCUCGUUGAACAAGAACGGAUCUCCCAAGACCAUCCAGCCAAAGAUCAAGAAUGGGAUAAUCAAGAACGGAUCUCCCACCUACGGGACCUGGUUUGCCACUGCCACCACCGUGACUUAUAACAAGGAAGAAUUGAAGGCGCACAACAUGGCUGAUGACGAGAUCUUUGAAGAAGAACAGCACAUUGAAGAGGAUCCCUACGAGCACUCCCUCAACCCCUUGCUCAGAUGCACUCCAGAUUUCUACUCCAAGAGAGGAGUUGCCAAGGACAAGACCAGUGAGCCAUUCUGUUUCCCUCAAGACAAUCAGAUGUUGAACAUGGGUAAGACCUACUUCGUCACCUGGUACUCCAACUUCUUCAAGGACGCCCAAAACGUCAAGGUUCACUUGUCUUUCGUCAAGGAGAGUGCGUACCACCGUGGUACCAAGAGAGACAUUGAGGUGGAGGAGAUCCACGAAAAGAGAUCUGUGGUGUUGGACAAGGGAGGAACCUUGGGCCAGGCAUCAUUUUUCAGCAGUGAGUGGUUGCCCAGAACCAAGGGAUGGUUUCCCAUCACUAUUGACGAGAGCUGGUUUGGCGAGGGAGUCAACGAAGCCUACAAAAAGGUGUUGAUCUCUAUCCAACCCGACAACGUUGCCGAUGAGGACUUUGAUUUCUUGAAGAAUCCGGUAGUUGUCGAGAUCGCCAAAGGGGCCAAGGUCAGCAAGGAGGGCUACAAGGACUUGAAAUUGAUGUACGACAAGGUGGACAAUCAGCACAUCUCGGUGGAGGUUGACGAGGGCAUUGAUGAGAAGUACUACGUCAUCAUCGGCAUGCCCACGGCUGUGCUUAUUGCUGCCGUGUUGAUGUACUUUUUCGUAUACAUCAACAAGGGCUACACCGAUUUGAGUCACUUGCGGAAAGUUAAGUUUGCAAAGAACCGGAGCAAAAAGAGGCUUUUGUUUAAGAAAAAGAACAAGGACUACGCCGAGUUGCCCCAGUUCAACAACGACAUCGAGUUGACCAAGAACGAUUAA